CCACUCCUCCUUUGUGCAACUCUCCCGAACAUGGCGUCCAGCGAGCUCUUUGAGAACUACGAGUUUGAGUUUACCAACAUCUCGGCCAGCAUCACCAAGAAGCUGAGCUCGCAAAUCCCAAACUUUACCGGCGAGCAACGCAAGGCUGCGAUCAAGGCGGUCGAGAAGGAAAUCGUCCAGGCCGAUGAGAUUGUGCAAGGCAUGGAGCUCGAGCUCAAGAACGCACCGGCACAGUUCCGCCCGCGUCUGCAAACAAAGCUGAAGACGUACCAGAACGAGCUUGCUCGCAUCAAGAAGGAGCUGCGUGGCUUGACAAAUUCUGGCAAUCGCGACGAUCUUCUCGGCGGAGGCUCUGGCGCUGGAUCCCCUGCUGGCUUUGGCGGCCGAAGUGCUUACCAAGAUGUCGAGGCACAGUCCAACGACCAACGCUCGCGCAUUCUCGACUCUCACGACCGUCUGAACCGCACUACCGGCCGGCUAGACAACGCACAGCGUGUUGCUGCCGAAUCUGAGGCCAUUGGCCAGGACAUUCUUGGCGAGCUUGGCACCCAGCGUGAGACCAUUGUUCGCGUUCGAGGACGGUUGCACGAGACGGACGACAACCUGACUCGCAGUCGGCGUAUUCUUAACGGCAUGUAUUACCGAAUCAUCCAAAACCGCCUCAUUAUGUACAUUAUCGUCUUGGUUCUCAUGGGCAUUCUUGGUAUCGUUGUGUACAUGCGCUUCUUCAAGAAGUAAUUUUUGAACAGCCGGUCGAUUGCUAUUUUUUUUUCAUUGUGCGGUUGUUGUCGGUCGCACCUGUUCUCUCUUGUUCUCUCUUGUGUUGUUGAUUCUUGCCUUUGUCCUUUGUCUGUUUCUCUCACCACUUUGUCCAGCCGCCCGGUGAUUUUGCAGUGUUUUUGUGUUUGUUCUUUGUUGUUGGUGUUUCUGUUUUGCUUCGUCGGUAUUGCUGCAAUCUGGUAUUCUCAAAUUGAAAUUGUUAUUUUGAUGCCA